CGACGUAACUUGGAUUACAAGCUGUCGUCCAUAAGAAUAAACUUUUACUUAUUUUCAAACAUUACAAUGUGUGUUCAUUCUUAAAUUUAAUUAAAAAUAAUGUUUCCCUUGAUCGUGUUUUGUAUGGUGUGCUUAUUUUGGCCGGGAAGUUGCGCUACAGACGACGGCACAACGUACGACAACGCGCCCAUUAUCUUAAAGGGCUCGUUGGAGGACGAGGAGGGCAGUUGUCCUCCCGGCUUCAAGUGGAACGUUGUCAAUCAGAGAUGCGAAGAUAUCAAUGAGUGUCAGUUGCCUCGCCCACCUUGUCUUAAGUACCUGUGUGAGAACACUAUUGGUGGUUACAAGUGCGCUGGAAAGUCAAACGAGCUGUCUACUGAAGCGGAGAAGGAACCAAAGACGAAGAUAGAAUGUAAAGAAGGCACCAAACUUAGUUUAGGAAGAUCCACAUGCGAAGAUAUCGACGAGUGUCGCGAUGGUACCCACACUUGUGAUCAGCUUCAAGACUGCAUCAAUACAUUAGGUGGAUAUGAAUGCCGGUGUAAGCAUGGCUUCGAACUCGACUCUUCCUCUGAGUUCUGUGUAGAUAUUGACGAGUGCGCUUUGAACCAAAGCAUCUGCAGCAAUGGCCUGCAAUGUCGGAACCUGCUGGGGUCAUUCACCUGUAUCAAUGUCGUUACCACGACUACCACCAUCUCCCCCUCCGAGGACUAUGACUCUGAUGUAUAUAGCUCAGAACCAGCUUGGGAAUGCGACGAGGGAUAUGAACAAGGUGCUGCUGGAGGUUGUGUUGAUAUCGACGAGUGUCGCAAUGGCACCCACUCUUGCGAUCAGCUCCAGGACUGCGUCAUUACGUUAGGUGGAUAUGAAUGCCGGUGUAAGCAUGGCUUCGAACUCGACUCCUCGUCUGGUUCUUGUGUAGAUAUCGACGAGUGUCGUAAUGGCACCCACUCUUGCGAUCAGCUCCAGGACUGCGUCAAUACGUUAGGUGGACAUGAAUGCCGGUGUAAGCAUGGCUUCGAACUCGACUCCUCGUCUGGUUCUUGUGUAGAUACCGACGAGUGUCGCGAUGGUACCCAAACUUGUGAUCGGCUCCAGGACUGUGUCAAUACACACGGUGGAUAUGAAUGCCGGUGUAAGCAUGGCUUCGAACUCGACUCCUCGUCUGGGUCUUGUGUCGAUAUCGACGAGUGUCGCUAUGGUACCCACACUUGUGAUCAGCUCCAGGAUUGCAUCAAUACACGCGGUGGACAUGAAUGUAACUGUAAAAAUGGCUUUGAACUGGACUUCUCCUCUGGGUCUUGUGUAGAUAUCGACGAGUGUCGCAAUGGCACCCACUCUUGCGAUCAGCUCCAGGACUGCGUCAAUACGUUAGGUGGAUAUGAAUGCCGGUGUAAGCAUGGCUUCGAACUCGACUCCUCGUCUGGUUCUUGUGUAGAUACCGACGAGUGUCGCGAUGGUACCCACACUUGUGAUCUGCUCCAGGAUUGCAUCAAUACACGCGGUGGACAUAAAUGUCGGUGUAAGCAUGGCUUCGAACUCGACUCCUCGUCUGCGUCUUGUAUAGAUAUCGACGAGUGUCGCAAUGGUACCCACUCCUGCAAUCAGCUCCAGGACUGCAUCAAUACGUUAGGUGGACAUGAAUGCCGGUGUAAGCAUGGCUUCGAACUCGACUCCUCGUCUGGUUCUUGUGUUGAUAUCAAUGAGUGUCGCGAUGGUACCCACACUUGUGAUCAGCUCCAGGACUGUGUCAAUACACGCGGUGGACAUGAAUGCCGGUGUAAGCAUGGCUUCGAACUCGACUCCUCGUCUGGGUCUUGUGUCGAUAUCGACGAGUGUCGCGAUGGUACCCACACUUGUGAUCAGCUCCAGGAUUGCAUCAAUACACGCGGUGGACAUGAAUGUAACUGUAAAAAUGGCUUUGAACUGGACUUCUCCUCUGGGUCUUGUGUAGAUAUCAAUGAGUGUCGCGAUGGUACCCACACUUGUGAUCAGCUCCAGGACUGUGUCAAUACACGCGGUGGACAUGAAUGCCGGUGUAAGCAUGGCUUCGAACUCGACUCCUCGUCUGGGUCUUGUGUCGAUAUCGACGAGUGUCGCAAUGGUACCCACACUUGUGAUCAGCUCCAGGAUUGCAUCAAUACACGCGGUGGACAUGAAUGUAACUGUAAAAAUGGCUUUGAACUGGACUUCUUCUCUGGGUCUUGUGUAGAUAUCGACGAGUGUCGCGAUGGUACCCACACUUGUGAUCUGCUUCAGGACUGCAUCAAUACACGCGGUGGACAUAAAUGUCGAUGUAAGCAUGGCUUCGAACUCGACUCCUCGUCUGGGUCUUGUAUAGUUCCCUCAAGUUCUACUCCUCGGCCUUCGGUACCGUCAUACGAAAAUGGCAACGAGUUCACUGUAGUCCAUUACGGGAAAAAGGGACCUUAUUCCACGCAACCUACUUACAACUGGAACCAUUUUUCGUGUCCUACAGGAUACAUGCUUACACCCGACUUGCAAUGUAAUGAUAUCGACGAGUGUGCGAGUUAUACGUCAAGGUGUGGACUUAACCAGCGAUGUGAGAACUUCCAUGGAGGGCACACGUGUUGGUGCGAAAAUGGAUAUAGACUGCCCUGUGCUGCAGAACAUUGCUUCAAUAAAUGUUUUGACGUGGACGAGUGCAGGGAGACCCCUGGUGUGUGCAGUCAGCACUGCUUUAAUACUUUGGGCGGCUUCCAAUGUUACUGCGAGAAAGGGUACCGGCUUGCUAAUGAUAACAGGACUUGUGUCGAUGUGAACGAAUGUAUAGAGCAUCCAUCAUUGAGCGUGAGCGGCAAGCUGUGUGCAGGCGAGUGUAUCAAUGAGCCUGGCAGCUACCGGUGCGGCUGUCCUGCAGGGUACCGCCUGUCACCAGACAAAAAGACUUGUGUCGAUAUAGACGAAUGUGCGACGGGCGAGGCUCCGUGUGCAUACAGUAGCGAUGCUGGCUAUGUGUGUAAGAACACACACGGUAGCUACUACUGUCAUCAUAUCGACUGCCCGCCAGGGUACAGGCUGGAUUCCAUGAAGCGUUGUGUCAGGGAACAGACCUGUCAAGUUGGACACUUGGCAUGUUUCCACCAGCCUGGCAUGUACUGCUACAAGUUCUUCACCUUUGUCGCCAAUGCCCACUUACCUUUCGGAAAGGUGGAUUUCUAUAAAAUGCCAAGCCCUUUCCAGUCUUGGGUUGUCUUGUUUUCGAAGGUGAACUACGAGCUGCGCCUGAUAUCGGUGCAGGCGUCUCCUGGUGUACAACCAGCUAACCUUCAAUGCUUUAACACGCGUGUACUAUUCAAUAGCUGCGUGGUGUCGCUCGAGUGUUCUCUGCCAGGUCCCCAGGUGGUAGAACUUGAGCUAACGAGGUCUAUCAUGAGAGGUUCCAGAUACGCCGGCAGCACGGUCGUUCGACUCUUUGUAAUUAUCUCGCAAUAUGAAUUCUAAUGGUAUUGCAAUUAAAUCUAUUUUAAAUCGCCAUUAACUUUUUUCUUUCGACAUGAUCAAUAAAAGCACCUACCGUCGCUUACAUAUACCACGGUAAUAUUAUUACCAUGCCUAAGCGUUUGUCGCGAAUAGUUUUGAAUAUUAAUUGAUUUAAUUAUAUUGAUACUGAUUUGAUGACUUCCUCGUUGGCCGUGUGGUCGCAAG